AUGGUAUUCGCUUGCCAAAAAGACUCUUUCCUAAGAACGUUAAAGACAAAAGUGAUAUCAUGCAAAGCCGGCAAAAUCAACGGCAAGGAAGUGUUCGAAGUUGUCCUCGAAGACACCGUGUUGUUUCCAGAAGGAGGGGGACAGGUAAGAAGCUUACUAUUUUUAUAAUUAUUGUACUAAUAAGAACAUUUGGAGGUCAUCUAUUUGCCACCUAAGUAGAGAAAACAUAAUUCGCCUGGCAACAAAGGUAUAUGCUUUCUCAGGGACGUUCCAUCGACCUUCUCGCUCAGACUGACCGGUUCAUCAGGACGUUACAAAUCAAUAUUUUCGAUACUCGAUUAAAAUCAAUAGUAAUCGAUCGAAAUCGAUUAUAAUUUAUCGACUAAUAUCGACUUUUUGUGAUUAUCGAUUUUAUCGAUUUCUGUAAUUAAACGAUCGAUUUUAUCAAUUUUGAUCGAAAAAAUCGAAAACAUAAAACACAUGUCAACAGACAAUGAUACCGCGCGCUAGUUCAGCUUCGAAUGGAAAAAUUUGUAACUUCCUGGGUUCAUGCACAGGCAGCCCAAGCGCACUAUUUGUGGGAUCGGGCUUCAGAGGUCAUUCGGUCGGAAUAUACUAGAAUUAUUUGUGUAUUAUCUGAUGCUAAAUAAAUGCAAAAAUCUUAAAGAUAUGAAGUCUUCUUGUUUGUCUAUCUGUACUAGUGGCCUUUAAGAUAACGAAAAUCGAUAUUUCUUGCAUUAUUACAUGUGAUUCGGGCCCUUAUUGCUCGAAUUUUAUCACAUGUAUUCGCAUCUACAACGCUAAGAAAAAAAAAAUCAUGAUCACGCGAAAUAUUGAUUCGAAAAGCUCACUUACCUUUAGUUCAUAGCCACUCUGUGUCCUACGGUCGGUUUAAACUCCGUUUAGUCGACUUUCUUUGCAUCGAAUACUGAACACUAUAAAAGAAGGGAAGGCUGGAGACGUUCCAAUCGACUCUCGCCGCUCGAAGGCCAAUAAAUUCCAAACAAAGCGACUGAUCUCCCUAAAAUUGCCACCAGCCAGACCGAAGAGUGUACACCUACCCGUUCCACGAGCGCCAGGUUCUAAAUUCGGCUGCAUGAGCUCGAGGAGUGUUGCAUUUCGCAUCGAUUCUGGCCAGCUUCGCUUCGCCAUGAUGCGCAAUUCUAACUGUUAUCCUACGGGAUUCGAAUCUUGGAGCUUAGCGACCGCGUCAGAUCGAUCUGUCACGUUUUGAUAUAAAAUCCUCAUCUGAUUUCAAAAUACUGUCCGCCCAAAAACUAAAGACACUUCUCCAAAAAUACAAGCUUGAGCUUACAAGUAUUCACGCUUGCAGUGGUCACGUCGUGGUUAAAUAUUAGGGAAUUUUAAAAAGAUACCACGAUGGCUGACAACUACAAAAACGUCUCAUGGAAAAAAGGAAUUCACAUUUUUUCAGUUUCUAUCGUGAUUAUUCCAACUCGCUUACUUUGUCAAAUAGAACUGCAGGGUUGUCAAAAAAAUUUUAAGUAGCAGGAGAAUAAGAGAAGGUAGCCGGCAUGUGUUUUUCCCGGUGUUGCCGGUAGGGAAAGACAUCACUAUCGAUAUAAACAGUUCAAUCCAGGUUAGUAGCAGCUGUCAAACAUUAUAGCAUCGAUACUACAUCUGAAUUACUAAGUGAAACUUUUGGUGAAAGCAUCCAAAGAGGCCGGAUUAAAAGCGAGAGGCAGCAAAAUUAAAUGCAAAUCACAAAACAAAUGGUUCGAUCAGAAAUGCGAAACAGAAAAAGAAAACUUGCAAUCCCUUGGGAAGAAAAUUCCUCAUAACAUUAAUAAUUCAGAACUGAGACAACUACUGCGAGGCAAAAAGAAGAGGUUCUAACAAACUUGUAGACGGAAGAAAUGGGAGUCUAAUCAGCAAAGGCAUGUCUAAUAUCGAUUAUGCAGAACUCCAAAGAGAACUGGUGACAAAUAGGAAAAAUCUUUAACUUAGGAAAAAGAAAAACACAUGGAGCUGAAGCAGUGAGUAUGGAACAGUUUUAUAAACUAGAUUCGGAGCACUAAAAUUUACUCUAUUCAUGCUACCCCGAUAGAAACUACGCCACAAACUGAGAAAACCAGGUGUUCCCAGGUGGGGGAACACAUUUCACUAGGGAUAUGUGUUUCCCAGGUGGGGGAACACAUUUCACUAGGGAUAUGUGUUUCCCAGCCAGGGGAACACAUAUCACUAGGAAUACGUGUUUCCCAGGUGGGGGGAUGCAUAUCAGUAGGGAUAUGUAUUCCUGUGUAGGGGAACACAUAUCACUAGGGAUAUGUGUUUCCCAGGUGGGGGAACAGAAUCACCAGGGAUAUGUGUUUCCCAGGUAGGGGAACAGAUAUCACUGAGGAUAUCUGUUUCCCAGUUGGGGGAACACAUAUCACUAGGAAUAUGUAUUUGCCUGGUAGGGGAACAUAUAUCACUAGGGAUAUGUGUUUCCCAGGUGGGGGAACACAUAUCACUAGGAAUAUGUAUUUGCCUGGUAGGGGAACAUAUAUCACUAGGGAUAUGUGUUUCCCAGGUGGGGGAACACAUUUCACUAGGGAUAUGUGUUUCCCAGGUGGGGGAACACAUAUCAGUAGGGAUAUGUGUUUUCCAGGUAGGGGAACACAUAUCACUAGGGAUAUGUGUUUCCCAGGUGGGGGAACAGAUAUCACCAGGAAUAUGUGUUUCCCAGGUAGGGGAACACAUAUCACUGAGGAUAUCUGUUUCCCAGGUGGGGGAACACAUAUCACUAGGAAUAUGUGUUUGCCUGGUAGGGGAACAUAUAUCACUAGAGAUAUGUGUUUCCCACGUAGGGAACACAUAUCACUAGGGAUAUGUGUUUCCCACGUAGGGAACAGAUAUCACUAGGAUAUGUAUUUCCCAGGUGGGGGAACACAUUUCACUAGGGAUAUGUGUUUCCCAGGUGGGGGAACACAUUUUACUAGGGAUCUGUGUUUCCCAUGUGGGGGAACACAUAUCACUAGGGAUACGUGUUUCCCAGGUGGGGGGAUGCAUAUCAAUUCGGAUAUGUAUUCCUGUGUAGGGGAACACAUAUCACUAGGGAUAUGUGUUUCCCAGAUGGGGGAACACAUAUCACUAGGGAUAUGUGUUUCCCAGUUGGGGGAACACAUAUCACUAGGGAUAUGUUUUUCCCACAUAGGGGAACACAUAUCACUAGGGAUAUGUAUUUCCCAGGUGGGGGAACACAUUUUACUAGGGAUAUGUGUUUCCCAUGUGGGGGAACACAUAUGACUAGGGAUACGUGUUUCCCAGGUGGGGGAUGCAUAUCAGUACGGAUAUGUAUUCCUGUGUAGGGGAACACAUAUCACUAGGGAUAUGUUUUUUUCCAGGUGGGGAACACAGGGACCGCGCAGCAAGUUUUCGAGUGGGGGGGUAAAGAAGAAUAAGUGAAGGAANAGCUGCCUUGAACUCAAGGCUGUAUAAUUACUGAGCAAUUAUUGCACGAGGCUGAGUACGAUAUGAAGAGUUAUGCAGAUCGAGGGGGGUUAUCCGUCGAAGCCGAAGGCUUGAGCCCGGUGGAUAACACCCUCCGAGAUCUGUAUAUCUUCAUAUCAUACGAAAGCCGAGUUCAAUAAUUGUUUAAUUAUUCAUUCAAAAUAUUUACACGGCAAAACAAAACGGUAACUGAAAAUGUUUUAGUGAAUGAAAAUCCAAUUAUAGAACAGAUUCAGAAAAAAGUAGCAAAAAUUAUGCAGAGUUUAUUCACCAGAUAAAGAAGGUUUUCCAUUUUGUUUGGAAAAGUAAUCAGAAAUUUUAAGAGAUCUCUUCUUUGCAUUAAUAGUGGUAUGUGAAGUCUCGUCGUUCGUAUUUAUGUUGCCGUGUACCAUGUGCACUUCUUUGUUCGUAAUAACCGCCGGAUUGAAUGUUCCUUGAUGACCAGAGCUAUACACAAUUCUGCGGUUUAAGUACUUUCGAUGACAAAAUGUUUUUAUAAACAGACCGCGUUCAAAAAAACUUCCAAUUAGAAUGCUCAACGAGCCGUGAAGCCUGACAUCAAAAGACGGACUUCGCGCUGAUCGAGCUAACAUCAAUACGCACAAUAACAAGAGAAACAAUAACUUCAUGAUCCUCCAAAAAUCAAGGUUGAAACUAAUAAACAAUUUGUUUGAGAAUGGCCUUAUAAACUAAACCCAGUUAUUACUUUGGAUUGAAAUUGACCAAUUACGAAACAACGCGUUUUCCUGAGAGGUCCACAGGAAAAAGAAGCCAUUUAAAAGACGUUUACCUCUGCUAGGUUAGAAGCGAAAAAAUAUUUUACAAUUGUAACGACUAAUGCUUCAUUCUGUCUAUUUAUCUGGGCGUUUGUGUUUGCCAGUGACUCUGGUCACUUUCGAAUUAAGGAUUAUUUGCUAUUUUUCACUCCGUUACUUUUGUUAAAUUAUUUUUUGUUUAAUUUAUUUUUAUUCUUACAAAAAAAGUGGGGGGGCUAAAGCCCCCCCAGCCCCUCGCUCUGCGCGGUCCCUGGAACACAUAUCACUAGGGAAAUGUGUUUCCCACGUAGGGGAGCACAUUUCACUAGGGAUAUGUGUUUCCCAGGUGGGGAACACAUUUCACUAGGGAUAUGGGUUUCCCAGGUGGACGAACACAUAUCACUUGGGAUAUGUGUUUCCCAUGUAGGGGAGCACAUUUCACUAGGGAUAUGUGUUUCCCAGGUGGGGGAACACAUUUCACUAGGGAUAUGGGUUUCCCAGGUGGGGGAACACAUAUCACUAGGAAUAUGUGUUUGCCAGGUAGGGGAACAUAUAUCAGUAGGGAUAUGUGUUUCCCAUGUAGGGAACACAUAUCACUAGGGAAAUAUGUUUCCCACGUAGGGGAAAACAUUUCACUAGGGAUAUGUGUUUCCCAGGUGGGGGAACACAUUUCACUAGGGAUAUGUGUUUCCCAGGUGGGGGAACACAUAUCACUAGGGAUAUGUGUUUGCCAGGUAGGGGAACAUAUAUCAGUAGGGGUAUGUGUUUGCCACGUAGGGAACACAUUUCACUAGGGAUAUGUGUUUCCCAGGUAGGGGAACAUAUAUCACUAGGGAUAUGUGUUUCCUAGGAGGGGGAACACAUUUCACUAGGGAUAUGUGUUUCCCAUGUGGGGGAACACAUAUCACUAGGGAUAUGUGUUUCCCACAUAGGGGACCACAUUUCACUAGGGACAUGUAUUUCCCAGGUGGGGGAACACAUAUCACUAGGGAUAUGUGUUUCCCAGGUGGGGGAACACAUUUCACUAGGGAUAUGUGUUUCCCAUGUGGGGGAACACAUAUCACUAGGGAUACGUGUUUCCCAGGUGGGGGGAUGCAUAUCAAUUCGGAUAUGUAUUCCUAUGCAGGGGAACACAUAUCACUAGGGAUAUGUGUUUCCUAGGUGGGGAACACAUAUCACUAGGGAUAUGUGUUUCCCACGUAAGGGAACACAUUUCACUAGGGAUAUGUGUUUCCCAGAAGGGGGAACACAUUUCACUAGGGAUAUGUGUUUCCCAGGUGGGGGAACACAUAUCACUAGGAAUAUGUGUUUGCCUGGUAGGGGAACAUAUAUCAGUAGGGAUAUGUGUUUCCCACGUAGGGAACACAUUUCACUAGGGAUAUGUGUUUCCCAGGUGGGGGAACACAUAUCACUAGAGAAAUGUGUUUCCCAUGUAGGGGACCACAUUUCACUAGGGAUAUGUGUUUCCCAGGUGGGGGAACACAUUUCACUAGGGAUAUGAGUUUCCCAGGUGGGGGAACACAAAUCACUAGGGAUAUGUGUUUCCUAGGUGGGGGAACACAUAUCACUAGGAAUAUGUGUUUGCCAGGUAGGGGAACAUAUAUCAGUAGGGGUAUGUGUUUCCCACGUGGGGAACACAUAUCACUAGGGAUAUGUGUUUCCCAGGUAGGGGAACAUAUAUCACUAGGGAUAUGUGUUUCCUAGGAGGGGGAACACAUUUCGCUAGGGAUAUGUGUUUCCCAGGUGGGGGAACACAUAUUACUAGGGAUAUUUGUUUCCCAGGUAGGGGAACAUAUAUAUUUCACUAGGGAUAUGUCUUUGCCAGGAGGGGGAACACAUUUCACUAGGGAUAUGUGUUUCCCAGGUGGGGGAGCACAUAUCGCUAGGGAUAUGUUUUUCCCAGGUGGGUGAGGGAACACAUAUCACUAAAGAUAUAAUCUUGGAUUAAAUCUUUACGAAAGAAUGUGAAUAAAUCAAAAGCGGUCACACUUUUGGGUUCCUUGUUGGCAUUUAAAGUUUUAUGUCUUUUUGUUCUUGCAUAAUGUGGAUGGCAACAUCGUGGAUGUUAACAGCCUGAUGAUCGAGGAACGGUAAGGAAUGACUAUAACUCUAAUUUAUAAUACAUGUACAUAUGUACCUUUAAACAGUAACAGGAACAUUAAAUCUUUGCACUUUACUCCCAUAAGGAGGUAUCAGUCUUUUUGCAAUAAAGGUCAUUUAAUAUUAAACAAUAAUGGCAUUAGUGAUACACUCAAAAUAAAGUAAUCAGAAAAUUCUCUUUUAAAUUAUGCUUUCAAUCAUAACAUUGGACAUAAGAUUAAUAAUAUAGCUGAUUCAAUAAAAGUUGCUUUGGGCAUUGGGAAUUGGGCACUAGGGAGCUAUUGUUUGGUGGUGCUCAAAUGCCCAGUACCCAAAGUUUUGUUGAAUCAGCUUUAUAUUCCUAUGAUCUUGCAAGAAUUGUUUUUGUCUACCGUUAAUUUUUUAUGGGCAUUAAAAUUACAAAAGAGACGUCCUUAAAUGAAAUACAUUAAGGUAAUAGCUCUUGUCACAAUAAAUUGUACCCAUCACAAAACAUCAGAGGUGUUGGUCAUCUUCCAUUUAGUUCAUUGCUUGCAAACCAAGGGCAUUCUAUCCUCUAAGUUGUCUCUUGAAAGAUAUAAUAGCUUGUGUUGUGGUAGUCCAUUUGGAAUCAGUCUGUGCUCAGAAAAGUUUAAUAAAACACUACUCAUAAUUAUCUCAAUCAUAUGCCAUGAUUGGUCAAGCAAGUUUUGACAUAACAAUUUACAAUAAGCUUCCCCUGCUUUAUUAUACAUGCAUUAAUAAAUUGACUCUUCUGUCUUAUAUGGCACAAUUAUGUUACAUCAUGGUGGAAAAAUUACUUUAAUGAUAACAGGGAAUGAAUUCCAGCACAAUAUUAAACAACCAUACUCUAGCUGUCAUAUAGAGUUUGUGAAAUAUUAAAUAAUGAGAUUUUUGGGGUUUUUCCUUCCAUCCAUCAUUAUUAAUGUAGAUUUCUUUUUGGUGCCCUUGAGUUUGUUUUUUAAGGGGAAAAGGGUCCAUACAGCUUAACCUUUUCAGCACUAGGAGUGAUUUCUCCUUCCAAUAUCUAUACAUUAUGAGAAUUAAUUAAUUAGUUAAUUAAUUAAUUAAGUGAUUACCAAAGGAAAACUACUUGGAUUUUUUAUCCAAUACUCUUAAGUAAUUCUUUAAAGAAGUGUAUGGAGGUCAGUCUAGAGAACUUGUAUGUGAAUUUUGGGGCUUGCAGGGUUGAUUCAGCCAUUGUUUGUGACAAAAUUAGAUUGUAAAUUUUACCAUUGUAAUCCUUAAGGCAUUUUAGAUAAGAUUUAGUGCAUAACUACCAUGUGGCACAAUUUUUUUGUAGGUUCUUAUUUGCGAUUUUUGUGAUUUUUCCAGCGAUCCACAAAAGUACGUUUCAGUAAAAAAAAUUACAUUUUUCCCACUAAAAUUUAGUCCAGAGUAAUUCUAUAAAUAAUCUAACUUAAAUUUGCCACACAAAAAUACAGUUCUAAGAAAUCGUGUCCAUUUAAUUAAACAGACACAAAUUCAUAGUGUUGUAUUUUGGUGUAGCAAAUUUAAGUUAGAGUAGAUUUAAAGACUAAAUUUUUGUGGGAAAAUUUGUCUCUUUUGUUCAGAAACAAAACACUGUAUGAUGAAUUACUGGUUUUAAACAGCGUGUCGCACUCUGUACUAUUGUUUGAAAAUAUGUGUUUCUAUUGCACAUACUCAAUAAAAACAAAAAUAUUAUCAAUGCUGGGUCCGGUACUUUCUGAAAAUCACAAAAAUUAAUUCCCGGCAAAAGAAAAAGAAAAUCUGUCUUAUUUAUCACAAAAACUAGUCCCCAUAAAACAAAGCAAAAAUCGCCAAUCUGCAAAAAUAAACUCCGCCAAAAAAAUUCGUGCCACACCAUAGCACGCAUAAAUUUGAUUCUGUUUUAAUUAUCAUUGGAACCUUUGCCUAGAUCAAUGGUAUUGAGGUACUGAGAGUGUUAAGGCGAGGAACAACUGCAAUCCAUUAUGUUUGUGAGGAAAUUCCAGAAGGCUCUGAAGUGGAUCUUGCUAUUGACUGGUCACGGAGAUUCGAUCACAUGCAACAACAUUCAGGCAAGCAUUUCUACAUGAUUUCAUCUCUGCUUGUAGGCCUCUCUCCUUUGCAUAGGUUCUUUGCAAGUUAUUCCCGUGAAACUAGUAAUGAUUAAAAAUAUAAUGAUUUUGUUACGUCUGCCUCCUGCAUCACUGAGCCAUAAAAAUCCCCAAAGACGCAAAAUGAUUCCUGGCAUGCGUACCAUAGGACAAUUGGGUAACCUGUAAAUUUUCAGCCGUAUAUCUCAAAAGUAGCGAUUGCAACAGCCGUAGAGUAUUAGAAGGAUUUGUAUGAGAGAAACAUCUUUCGCCACCCAGUCACACUUGAAUGGUUUUCCAUACAUAUCCUUGUAAGUUUUUCCUUAAGAAUUACCGCGCUCAAAUUUUCUUUUAAUUCAUAACAGGCAAUUUGAACCCUUAAAUGGGUAAGGGAAAUAUUUAACGGCCGUUAAUUCUCACAAUUUAUAAGGACGUGUAUGGAUUAGGGAAACCGCUCAAGCGUGACUGCAGGGUGGCAGGAAUUGUUUUUCUCAUACAAAUCCUUCUAAUUCUCGGCGGCUCUUGCAAUUGCUACUUUUGAGAUAUACGGCUGAAAAUUUACAGGUCACCUAAUUUUAAUAUGCUCUUUCAGCUCGUGCUAACAAACUUUUUCAAAAGUAACCUGCGUUUGUGUUGACUGAAACUUGAUCACAUGAUCAACUAAUACAACAGGCCUAUUAGUGACAUAUGAGUGAUGCUUCCUCAAUAACCUGCCUAGUCCCUGUAUAGUGUCUUCCCUGGCCUUCUUGGUCAAUGCAUUUCGGUGACAUAUCAUUGCUCGGACCACGUGACGCAAAACGCAUAAGCCGUGUCGAAAAUGAGACCUAGGAACUAGGCAACUAAAUAACCACCAAACUUCAAAACAUUAGGUAGGCUUUUUCAUUUUUUGCUUUUCUGUCCUGAUCAUUUUUUAGGCAGUGACACUCUUGUUAAAAAGUUUCUUUAUAUAACCCAGUGUGGUACUUUUUAGCCAGAUAAUUAGCUACUAGUCGUAGUUUACAACUGAUAAUUACACAUAUCUGUUGGACCUAUCAUACUACAUAAUUAUAAUCUUUGUUAUGUUAUCUCUUUUUAAGGACAACACCUAGUAUCUGCAAUCACUGAAAACAAGUUUGGCUACGAGACAACCUCAUGGUGA